ACCAUUUCAAAUGCCCAAACUAGACUCCCAGGCACGUUGAUGUUCCACGAUGCGAGUUCUCGCCAUAUCCAUUUUCGCUGCUAUCGCCACAACUACAUUUGCUCUUCCCACCACCCCAAAACUUUCACGCAAGGACGUUUCUUCCCAAUAUCACGUCUCCGACCUCCAAGACGGAAUCGAGAAUCGACAACCCUGCUCUUUGAUCCCUUGCACAAGCCAUGACCUGUGCAGACAGCAGGGCUGCCACCUGUGCGACAUUCACUCUGGCAUUGGGAUGCUUAAAACAUGUGCGUGAGAGAAACGAUGUCGGGUGGCUUGACAUCGACAUGUUGGAGGAGUCGAGCAUGAUGAGUGAGAUAUAUGUUGUUGGAUGCGAAUCGAACGUAGAAGGCCCAAAUACAGCGCUUAAUCUAUCUCAUUUGAACGUGGUAUCUUCUCAAGGUGACGAUGCGAUUCGUGACAUGAAAACGGCGUCGUUUGAAACUCCCUCUGUUUCAUCUCUCGCGUGUGGACUCCAAUCUCACAUCAGCUACGAGCGAAGAUUUGUAGAAUCGCAUCGACUUCAUCUCAUAUUCAGGGCAGGAAGACGAUGCUUAUAUAUCAAGAAGCCCAGGCACGCAUUUCUAUCUUGAGCCAACGAGUGUGAGUACUUGUAAAGGUAACAAGUGGAGUGCGACUAAAUAUCUUACUUUGGCCAGCUUUUGUCUGUGAUACAGGUUAGUCA